AGCACAUACAGUAAACGCCACUGCUCAGAGCAGAACAGUCAGAUACAGCAUGGAGAAAUUUCUAACCGCUUGCUGCUUUCGCCCCGCAAUGUGGAAACCUCACAGAGGAUAGGAGAAGAAACAUUUCAGGGCUGCAGUGGAGACUGGAGCACCCGGGAGCCCACAUUCAACGUGUGAGCUGCGUGUUACCAGUGAAGAGACAAGUUGUUCUUUCCAGAUGCCUCCGUUACCAACUUUUGGCGAAAUGACUGCUUCUGAGGACACAGAUCGGGACGGGUCUCGAUCUGAAGGUAUUGGACUGAAGGUCCAUCUCUAUCACCCCACGGCCCACCCUGGCGGAAGCUCAUUGGAAUUUUGCUCUGGAAGCUACACAGCUGAGGAACUUUGUAUUCUGGCAGCAAAGGCAAGCGGCAUUCAGCCAGUCUACAACAGCCUCUUUGCUCUUGCAACUGAAGAUCUGAAAGUGUGGUACCCUCCCAGUCACAUUUUCCAAGUCGAUGCAUCGAAUCCACAAGUUGUCCUAUACCGGAUCAGGUUUUUCUUCCCCAACUGGUUUGGACAAGGCAGCAAUAAAUCCUAUCGCUAUAGCCUUACAAAGGAUCACAUUAACACUGUGCUGGAUUACUCGGUCAUUGACUACCUCUUUGCUCAGUCACGCACUGACUUUGUCAGUGGCCUCAUUAAGGUGCCAAUGGACCUGCAGAUGCAGGAGGAAUGCCUGGGAAUGGCGGUAUUGGACAUAAUGAGGAUCUCCAAGGAGAAGAAGUGGAAUCUGCAGCAGAUCUGUGACCAUGUCAGCUACAAGUCCUGCAUUCCAGCCAGCCUCCGGCAACAGAUUCAGCAACACAACUUCUUGACAAGGAAGAGAAUCCGAAGAAAGUUCUACAAAUUCCUAAAUAAAAUCAGUCACUGCGAGGCUGACCUCAAGUACCUGAAGCUGAAGUAUCUUAUGGAUAUGGAAAGCUUGGAAACUGUGCCCAGCAAGGAGACCUUCCAUGUUAAAGACCCAACGUGGGACCCACAAGAGCAGGAAGUACAUAAGUUCAUCUGUGUCUCUGGAGAACAUGGAAUUCAAUGGAGUUUUAAACAAGAUGAGUGGCAGCCAUUUUGUGACUUCCCUGAGAUCGUGGACAUCACUCUCAAGCAAGCGAGUCGGGAUUAUGUCUUAGAAGAAAGUCGAAUUGUCACAGUUGCCAAGCAAGACAACAAGCUUUUGGAGGCAGAGUUUCCAACUCUGAGAGAGGCUCUAUCCUUCGUGGCCCUUAUCGAUGGGUAUUACAGAUUGACGGCCGAUGCACAUCACUAUUUCUGCAAAGAGGUGGCUCCACCGAAGCUGUUGCAUCAAAUUGAGGACAACUGCCACGGACCUAUCACAUCUGACUUUGCCAUGUAUAAGCUGAAAAAACUUGGAAACAAGAAAGGUUUCUACCUCCUCCGUUGCAGCCCUAAGGAGUUCAACAAAUACUUCUUGACUGUUUGUGUUGAAACGCAGUUUGGAAAAGACUACAAGGACUGUCUGAUUAUAAAGGAGAAAAGCUAUUCUCUGGCUGGAGUGCACAGACAGUUUGAGAGCCUGAGGGAGCUUCUGAGUUACUAUCACAAGACUGGCCUCAUGUCUGAAGGUGUCAGCAUCCAGCUUAAUACUUGCUGCCCACCCAGACCCAAAGAAAAAUCCAACUUAGUUAUUGUACGCAGCAGUCGUUCUAGUGACCUCCUCACCUCCCCAACCAUGCACCGAAGAAAUGUCCAUCAGAUGAUGUUCCACAAAGUGAAGAAGGAAGAGCUGGUCUGGGGUGAGAGUCUGGGUCAAGGCUCCUUUACAAAGAUCUUCAAAGGAACAAGAAAAGGAAACACAGAUUGCCAUUUUUACCAGAUGGAUGUUUUAUUGAAGGUCCUGGAUCACACACACAGGAACUACUCUGAGUCAUUCUUUGAGGCAGCAAGCAUAAUGAGUCAAAUUUCUCACAAGCAUCUAAUCCUGGUUUAUGGAAUCUGUGCAGUCAGCGAUGACAAUAUCAUGGUGCAGGAGUACAUGAAAUAUGGAGCCCUGGACACGUACUUGAAAAAGAACAGAAACAAAAGCUGUGUCAACAUCAGCUGGAAGCUGGAAGUUGCAAAGCAACUUUCUUACGCCAUGAAUUUCCUGGAGGACAAGCAUAUUGUCCACGGCAACAUCUGUGCAAAGAACGUCCUAUUGACCCGUGAAGGGGAUGCGAUAGCAGGGAUCCCUCCAUUUAUCAAACUGAGCGACCCUGGUGUCAGUAUCACAAUCCUGCCAAUCGAAGUGCGCAUCGACAGGAUCCCAUGGACAGCUCCUGAGUGCAUUGACAGAGCUGUCAAUCUGGCUCUAGAAUCGGACAAGUGGAGUUUUGGGACGACUCUCUGGGAGAUAUUCAGUGGAGGAGAUCUUCCUCUUCACAACAUGGAGCCAAGACAGAAACUGCAGUUUUAUGAAGACAGCCUCCAGCUUCCUGCUCCCAGAUGGACAGAACUUGCCAACCUCAUCAACCAGUGCAUGAACUACGACCCCUAUCAGCGGCCAUCUUUCAGAGCAAUCAUCAGGGAGCUCAAUAAACUCAAUACGUCAGACUAUGAACGGUUGUGUGAUCUUUCCCCCACUGACCACCCCAGUACUGAUGGAUUCUGGCGUUUUGUGGACAUGUGGAAACAGGAUGAUCCCACUUUCUUUGAAGAGAGGCAUCUUAAAUUCAUAUCAGUCUUGGGCAAGGGUAACUUUGGCAGUGUGGAACUGUGCCGUUACGAUCCGUAUGGUGACAACACGGGAGACCUGGUCGCUGUGAAGAAGCUACAGCACAGCACGAGUGAACACCUUCGGGAUUUUGAGCGGGAGAUUGCUGUGGUCAAGAAUCUCCACAACGAAUACAUUGUCAAAUACAAAGGGGUCUGCUACAGUGUUGGCCGCAGGAACCUGAGACUGAUCAUGGAAUAUCUACCAUUUGGAAGCCUGCGAGAUUACCUGCAAAAGAAUAAACACAGGCUGGAUCAGAAGAAGCUCCUGCUGUAUGCUUCACAGAUUUGUAAGGGAAUGGACUACCUUGGCUCCAAACGUUAUGUACACAGGGACCUGGCAACACGGAAUAUUCUGGUACAAAGCGACACUUGUGUAAAAAUCGGUGACUUUGGAUUAACCAAGAUUCUGCCGGGCGACAAAGAUUAUUACAAAGUCCUGGAGCCUGGAGAGAGUCCAAUCUUUUGGUACGCUCUUGAAUCUCUGUCGGACAGCAAGUUUUCAAGAGAGUCGGAUGUUUGGAGCUUUGGCGUUGUCCUUUAUGAGUUGUUCACGUACAGCGAUCGAAGCAGGAGUCCACCAAUGGAAUUUCUGCGUAUGAUUGGUUCAGAUAAACAGGGUCAGAUUGUCUUGCAAAUGCUGGAAGUUCUGAAAAGUAAGCGCCUGCCAGCCCCUCAGGACUGUCCCAGGGAGAUGUACAAUCUGAUGCUGAGUUGCUGGAACAGCAAUCCUGCUGACAGGCCGACCUUUCUGGAAUUGCUGGGAAAAAUCGAGGUGAUGCAAGAUGCCCUCCGGUGAUGACCUGUGCUCGCUGGAAAGCACUCAGCUCGCUUGAGCAAAGAGCAGUGUCACUGAAAGCUCAGAACACACCGAUUCUCAGGAAACCCACGUCUCUGUUUCACUUUCUGAAGCUGCACUCAGCCCCGCACAUCACUCUCAGAACGCAGUGGGGAGCUGUCUGAAAUUUCCUCAAUUCAGACACCUACGCUGUACAUUAGACUGAAAUUGCUGGAGUGGGAGGGAAGGAAUGGGGUGAGGGUGUAAAUUUGGAGGGUCUAUAGUUCCUUCAGAAUGGAAUCCUGUGACCUGUUGCUGCUUGUCUUGAAAUGCGAAACUCCAUUGGAGUGCCUGCUGCGAGCAGCACAGAACAGGGGUGAGAGCCAUGCUUUCGGUAUUAUAACAUUGUAGGAUUCAGAUAAGGACAUUACCUUCCUUUUCAAUAAGGCUUGCAGCCAGUGUAUCAGUUUCAAUACAAUAUACUUGGAGAUAUUGAGCAGA